AUGUAUCGAGCUCUUUGUGUUCCACUAUAUGAUCUCAUUUCAGUUAUGGUGGUAGCGGUCGCUCUUUGUCGAACAAUGCCCUUAACCCUGAAUCAUGAAGGGCACUAUUUUGCGGAUAUUUUCCUUUUUCCUCACUUGCAACUUGUAACGGCUUUACCCGGAGAUGGUAUUGGUCCAGAAAUGCUUCAGCAUGUACAAAAGGUUUUCGGUUAUGCACAGGUACCUGUUGACUUUGAGGAGGUAAAUUUGUCCUCGGUGCCGGAGUCACCUGAUGAUCUCAGUCAGGCUUUAACGGCUAUCAAAAGGAAUGGUGUUGCAUUGAAGGGAAACAUUGAGUCCAAAUUUGAUGAUCCGCAGUUCAAAUCUCGCAAUGUGGAGUUGAGACGGGAGUUGGAUCUGUUUGCAAACGUGUUGCAUUGCUGUAGUAUACCUUCCGUCCGUAGUAGACACCGUGACAUCGAUAUGAUUAUUAUUCGCGAAAAUACAGAGGGAGAAUACUCCGGCCUGGAGCACGAAACAACUCCUGGGAUCGUUGAAAGCCUAAAGAUUGUGACUCGAACUAAAAUUGAACGCAUUUCGCGGUUUGCGUUCCAGUAUGCAAAGAAGUAUGGUCGUAAGAAGAUAACUGCUGUACACAAAGCAAAUAUUCAAAAACUGGGAGACGGUUUGUUCUUGAAUGUAUGCAAGGAAAUCGCCGAGAAAGAAUAUCCUGAGAUAAAGUUUGACUCAAUGAUUGUGGACAAUGCAUCCAUGCAACUAGUUGCCCGACCUCAGCAGUUUGAUAUAAUGCUCAUGCCGAAUUUGUAUGGGAACAUCAUAUCGAAUAUUGCAUGUGGUCUAGUCGGCGGUCCUGGACUAGUAUCCGGUAUGAACAUUGGGGACAUGUAUGCCGUGUUUGAGACGGGAACUCGGAACACUGGAACGUCGCUUGUCGGAAAGGAUGUGGCUAACCCAACCGCAUUCAUAAGGGCUUCUGCUGAUAUGCUUAGAUACCUUGGACUCAACAAACAUGCCAACCUUAUAUCAGACUCACUUUAUCGUACCCUCGUUGAGAGACAAGUUCAUACGCCUGAUAUAGGUGGCACAGCUAAGGUAAGUUAA